AAAUGAUUGUAUCAACACUGGCAAAUACGCUGCUUUACAUUUCUCAACUAUUUAGCGGUAAUAUCUUAAGAGAAGAUAACGAUUUCGGUUUGUCUACUAGUGUAGUAACACAUGAAUCGCCGAUUUACACAGACAACCACGGAAGGCUGAGCAAGUGGUCGGCUGAUAACAAGGCACGUUUUCUGUCUGAUCUCGAUAAAGGGAAAGCUGGUGACUGGAUAAUUGCACUCGGUAAUGAAGCUGCUGAUACAGACAGCUUAGCGAGCUCUAUCGCCAUGGCUUAUCAUUUAGAGCAUACACAUGGUGGAUCUAAUGCGAUUGCGCUUUUGUUGACACCAAGGGACUCCUUAGACUUGCGUCCUGAAAAUCAGAUGGCACUAGAGAACGCAAAAAUGUCACAUCAAAAUCACCAGGAUUUACUCACUAUCGAUGAGUUACCGAUGAAAGUGAAGAGACUUGCACCACUGUUGAAGGGAAUUGUGCUUGUUGAUCAUCCCAAACCAGUUGGAGAUUGGAAAUUAGCUAAUAUUAGUGGUAUAAUCGACCACCAUAAAGAUAGACACUGGGGAUUGGAUGCGAACCCUCGCAUUAUUGAAAUGACCAAGAGUUGCUCUUCUCUAGUAGCACGCGAGCUCUUCUCACACAUGGAACUCUACAAGAAAGGUCAAGAAAUUCCGAAAGAGUUGGCUGAUUUGUUACUCGCUGCUAUUGCAUUAGAUAGUAGUGGAUUGGAGACAGCGACAGAUGUUGACAUUAGAUCCGCUGCUCAACUAUACAAAUAUACACAUGGCGAUAAGAAAUUUAAAGGGAAGAAAUUUUUCAAGUACAUGUCAAAACUAUCAAAAGCAUACAGAGAUGCUCGGAAUGACCUUGAUAAGUUAGAUUUCUUGGAUUUAUUAAAGAGAGAUUACAAAGGAGAUCUCUUUCAGCCUGAAAAUCACGAACAGCACAGAUUGCACUUAGGUUUCGCUAGCAUUCCAUUCUCGAUUGGGGAGCAAAUCAACAGAUCACUUCCAAACAAGACACUUGCAGAGUAUAGAGCUAUCGAGCGUCAAUUCAUGGUUGAUAGGAAGAGUGACAUCAACGUCAUUCUCUCUAAGCACAAAGUGAAGAAUGAAAAUGGCGAGAAAGUCAAAAUAAGAGACAUAAGUGUUCUAGUUAGACACGACGGAAGACUAAAUGGUACAGAUAUGGCACAAACUGCAUUCGACAACAUAGUUGAAGCUAUUGAGGGAAAUCUACAAGUCCAAAGGUGGAAUGGAUCAGACGGUGGUGACGACGGUGGAGAACCAUAUGGUCGCCGUAGAAUCUGGAAACAGAUUGGAAGUGAAGGUGUGGGUAGAAAGGUUGUGAGGCCUUUAGUAGAGGAUGCAUUAAUGUAUAUCUAAAUUAUGAUAAUGACUAUAUAAAUUGUAUAAACCAUCACAUAAUGAACAGCUUAUAUUGAUAUU